GCGCCUUUAUCUUGUGCCGUUGAGGGUGCUGGGCAAAAUUGGGCCAUGGAGUGUCUUCCAGACGAACUCCACGCAGCCAUUCUUUCCCAGUUAUCCGCACAUGACAUUCUCCAUUGUGCUGCAGCAUCCCGUCGUUUAUGUCGGAUAGCUACAGACAAUUCAUUAUGGCAAAAAGUCUGGUUUCGGAGGGAUCUGUCAAAUAGGUUUCGCACCUCUUCACUCCAAACCAAUUACCGACAGCUUUACAGAUGGCGAUAUUCUCGUCUCCACAACAUACCACGAAGCAAAACAGGGUGCAAUGAUUUAGUGUGGGACGUAGCAUUGGAUGAAGAACGCGGACUUGUAUUUGCCAUAUCUGAGGAGGGGCUAUCGUUCUGGAAAUUGGAGGCCGAUGACCAGACAAACGGUUUGCGAUUGCACUGUGUCAAUCGUGUCAACAGUGUCGAAAGCAAUGAAUCAUAUACAGAAGCACCUAGAAGCGGACAUAGAGGGACCACAUCGAUGACCCGAUGUGGUUGGGAUGAGAAAGAACUACUGUGUUCCUGGGGUGGACACAUUUAUAUCAAGGAUAUGGAAAGUGGAAGAACUAUCUCGACAUUCUCAACGGAGACGAAUGCAGUACCCUCGGUGAACGUUAAAGAAAACCUAAUAUUUGCGGGAUGUGAGCGUGCGAUGGUCAAAAUAUUUGAUCGCCGCUCGAAACCUGCGGCAUGUUUAGCAAGCUGGCGGGAAGAAGGGACAGUUCUUGGCCUGGAGUACCUUCCGUCCCAUGCACUGGUAACUGGCGGACGAUUUCCACGUUUGUCAAUUACGGAUCUCCGAAUGCCCUCGAAGCUUCUCAAAGCCCUUCAUACGGGCAUGUAUGCAUCAUCACUGACCGGUUCGCAUCCAUCUAGUCCGUAUACGAUUCACGUCGGUGGUCAUCGUCGCCGUGGGAUUCUUGACACUUGGGAUUGCAGACCGGGCCGCGAAGCGCAUUCACACCGUCAACAUACUGUCCAUCCUGCAUUUCCGUCCGCAAUCACAUCAUCUGCUGGCGAUUGCCUGGUCAGUUGUGACUGGGAUGGUGUGAUCGCCCUUCAUUACUUUGAACAGUCAAGUUCCAGUAUAGACAUCCCCAUACCAAUAACGAUGCGUCAUGUUAAAGUUAAUGGAGCUGGGUUCUCAUCCGCGAGACUCGGGCUUACGCGAGGCAUUAUCGUGGUAGGAUCUACGGAAGGAAUGGUUGCCUACCAACUGGGAAAAGUGGUGCCUGAAGGGGAAAAUCCCGACGGCGCACUUGACAUGGAUGAAGAAGCAGUUGAGCCAAAUGAAAGCGAAUCAAGCUUGCGCUUAAAUCUUGGACAAAUGAUGAGAUGGAAUCCUUUCACAAUGUAAUUUCAUGUGGUAUAUAAGAUCAAUAUUUCGGGAUCAUCUGCAGCCUCUUCAUCUUCUCAAA